GGCUCCGAGGAAAAUGUCUGCUACGAAAGAAUCGAGAAUUGAGUUACAAAUAAUAAAAUAAUAGUGAUAUUAUCAAUUAUACGUUAUGAAUUGAUCAGAUUAAACAGAAGUAUGGGCGGCGGCGAGUUGACGAGAGAAACGAAGCUUUGAUCUGAGUGUAGUGAAUCUCAUAGACUUAGUGAAGUGAUGUGCAUGAGUGUGUGAAAUGUCUGACGAAGAGGACUCCUCGCCCGAUCAGGCGUUGGUGCCUAUCAACAAUGUGCCAGUGUUGGGCAUCAAACGUCUCAAACAAAUCGAGCAAAUGUUCAUAGCACGUCGGCUCCACCCGCGAGGCAACGGACUCAGUGUAGAGACACUUUUGGACGUGCUAUUAGUGCUGUAUGAUGAGUGCUGUAAUAGCAGUUUGAGGAGGGAGAAAGCCGUCGCCGAUUUUAUACAAUAUGUGAAACCAGUGGCAGUGGCGUUGAAGCGCCUGCGGCUGUCGCGCGAUGACUUCGAACUGGUGAAGGUGAUCGGCCGUGGCGCUUUUGGAGAAGUGUGUGUUGUACGGGCUUCCUUCUUACAAGGCUCAGAUGGAGGUGCAAAUGCAGCGGCAGGCAGUGGUGGUACGAUAUCAACCACUACAGGUGAACGAGUUUACGCCAUGAAGAUACUCAACAAGUGGGAGAUGCUCAAGCGAGCAGAAACAGCAUGUUUUCAAGAAGAACGCGACGUGUUAGUAUUUGGCGACAGGCGGUGGAUCACCAACCUCCACUACGCGUUUCAGGACGAACACAAUUUGUACCUGGUAAUGGAUUAUUACUGCGGAGGUGACUUGUUGACGCUACUAAGUAAGUUCGAAGACCGGCUGCCCGAAGACAUGGCCAAGUUCUACAUCGCGGAAAUGGUGCUCGCUAUACAGAGCGUGCACGAACUUAGAUAUGUACAUAGGGACAUAAAGCCGGACAACGUCCUCCUAGACGCAAGCGGGCACAUCAGACUAGCGGAUUUCGGGUCAUGCCUGCGUUUAGGCGACGACGGCAAGGUGCAAAGCAACGUCGCAGUUGGCACGCCCGACUACAUCUCCCCAGAGAUACUUAGGGCUAUGGAAGAUGGCCAGGGUCGCUAUGGUCCAGAAUGUGAUUGGUGGUCAUUAGGUGUGUGCAUGUACGAAAUGCUGUUUGGAGAGACGCCUUUCUACGCCGAGUCCCUCGUAGAGACGUACGGCAAGAUCAUGAACCACGCUCGAUCCUUCCACUGCCCGCCGCCCGACGAACACGCGGCACAGGUAUCCGAGGAGGCCAAAGAUCUGAUAAGGAGGUUGAUCUGCUCAUCAGAAAAUAGAUUAGGAAAGAAUGGAUUGCAAGAUUUCAAGAACCAUCCCUGGUUCGCGGGGUUGGAUUGGGAGAAUCUCCGCGAGAUGCAAGCGCCCUUCGUGCCUGAUGUGUCCAGUCCCACUGAUACGUCCAACUUCGAUGUCGACGACACCGAUAUUAGAUCAUCCGAUGCAGUACCACCUCCGUCCGCCUCUUCAGCGUUCUCGGGACUCCACCUGCCGUUCAUUGGGUUCACCUUCACAGCUGGCUCGCGGUUCUCCGACCUCGGCGCUCCUGCCAGCCCUCUCAGUCCUGCUAAGAACGCGCCUAGUCAGGCACCAUCGAAUUCCGGCGAGCGCGCCGCGUUAAAGGCCUUAGAACGCGAGAACGCGUUACUGGCGCAGACCAUCGCGGAACUACGGGCGGGCGGAUCUCAGUUCGCCGGCAAUGAAGAGUCAAUCCAACUAAAAGAAGAUUUAUCUAUUUUGUCGAAGAGAAACGCUGAUUUGGAAGCACAAGUCAAAUGUUUCGAGCAACUCAGUUCUGGAAUUACUGCACAAGAUAUAACAGCAAACACGCCGCAAGAGGCAGCGGCGCGGAUACGCGAUCUCGAUAUCAAAGUCAAAGCUCUGACACUGGAGAAGGAGGAACUUGUCAAGGAUAAAAUUGAUAUUUUGGAGAAACUAAGGCUACAGGAAAAGGAACUGAAGGACGAGAUAGAACAACGCAAGUUAGCAAUGACUGAGUACAGCGAAGUCACCGAAAGACUCUCGGAGCUGAGACAGCAGAAACAGAAAUUGUCCCGGCAGGUUCGUGACAAAGAAGAAGAGUUGGAAGUGGCAAUGCAGAAAAUCGACGCUUUGCGACAGGACAUCCGUCGGUCUGACAAGGGUCGUCGCGAGCUUGAGGCCCGGCUUGAUACUGCCAUCGCUGAGUCUACCAAAGAACGCAAACUCCGCGAAGAGACUCUCCGCGGCCAGCGCGUGGAGACCGGCGGCCCGCCCGGCUCGGCCGCCGCCGACGUCGCGCGGCUGCAGCAGGAGGUCGACGCCUUGGAGCUUCAAUACAAGGAGUCCCUUGCUCAGCAGCAGGCUCGCUAUAACGCAGAACUCGCGGCUAUGAGGGAACAGCUCCAAGAAGGCGACGCUAUGCGCAACGUGCUUAACCGAGAGCUACAAACAUCCAAAGAGAAGCUGGAGAGCCGUCGCCUGGAGCAGCUGAGUGAUAGCGAGGACAAACAGAUGCUCAUCAACGAGAACAGAAAACUCGCCAAGGACCUUGACGCUAUGGCGGAGAACGGGCGGCGAUGGCAAGCGGAACGACGGCAGUGGGAGAUGGAGCUCGACGAAUUACGGGCCAAGAAGGAAACCAUGCAGCACUGGGAGAACCAGUUAGCGGACAUCAUCCGGUGGGUGGCGGAUGAGAAAGAAGCCCGUGGGUACCUUCAAGCGUUGGCUACGAAGAUGACAGAGGAGCUUGAAUAUUUGAAACACGCUGGCGGAGCGCUGGCGUCGCCGGUGGCGGCGGGCGCGGGCGUGGGCACGGGCGGCUGGCGCAACCGGCGCAGCCAGAAGCUGGACAAGAUGGAGAUCCUCACGCUGCAGAGCUCGCUGCACUCCGAGAUCCAGGCCAAGCAGGCCGUGGCCGAGGAGCUCAGCAGGACGCGCGCCGAGUUGCUCGCCAGCCAGAGAGAGCUGCUAGAAACGCGCGCCCGACUGGACUCGCUCGCCCACGACAUGAAGCGGAAGGAGCAGCACAUCCGCGACAUGCAGGCGCGCCUCGACCAGCCCACGCCGCACCCUGCCACCAACUCCUUUCUGGAUCGACCAUCGUCGCAGAUGAGCUAUCUCGAUCAGUUUUUGAAAGAAGCGCCCACGGAACGACACUACGACAAUGUGACCACUAUAAAUAAUGAACAAAAGAUAUCGCCGCAGUAUGGGUACAGAAAUGCUCAGCAUUGUUGCAAUGUGAAGUUAAUGUACGGGUCCCAGCAGUCAGCAGCUUUAAGCGGUUCCGUGGAGUCUCAAGACGAGAUGGAAGGGCGCGCCGCCUCUCCCGCAUCAAGUAAAAGCUCGCCUAGUGAAUUAUCUACGGAUCAUUCCCUGGGCCCGGCGAUACCAGGCAAGCAAAAAGUCCACCAGUUCCUAGUGAGGACUUUCAGCAGUCCCACCAAAUGCAAUCACUGCACUUCGCUUAUGAUCGGCCUGACCCGCCAAGGGGUGGUGUGCGAGACGUGCGGGCUGGCGGUGCACACGCGCUGCUGCGCACGCGUGGCUCCUCGCUGUCCGUUGCCGCCCGAGCGCUCGCGGCGGCCGCUGGGCAUCGACCCCGCCAGGGGGCAGGGCACGGCCUACGAGGGCUACGUCAAGAUAUACUCAGCCUGCGUAAUAGUGGACGCGACCGCGGCGGCGGCCUUACGCGGUGCGCUGUGCGCAUGCGUCCUGGAACGGUCGCGAAUCUGCGUGGGGGGAGAACUGGGACUAGCUCUGCUCGACCUACAGAGGGGGGAGCUGACACCUAGAAGACAGCAUGCACCUGUCGCACAGGCGCAUUAUGUACCUACCGAACAGUUGUUGGUGGUGAUCGCGGGGCGCGGGCGCCACGUGCGCCUGGUGCCGCUGCGCGCGCUGGAGUGCUCGGAGGUGGAGUGCGUGAAGGUGGCCGAGACCAAGGGCGCGCUGGACCUGGCCGCCGGCGAGCUGCACGCCGCCGCCCACGGGUUCGCCGUCGUCUGCAAGCGCCAGAACACGUACAUGGUGACCGUGUAUGAGAUAACGCGAACGGCCGCGCGAAGAAUGCGGAUCGCAGAGCUGCGGGCGCCCAGUGCUGUGCACAGCAUCCAGCUGGUCCGGGGACGACUCAUUCUCGGCUACAGAGGAGGCUUCGCUGCGCAUUGUCUGCCUGACCCGAGACAACCAACACGAGACCAGCCUGCUGUUUCAUUGGUACACCCCGAGAACCAAGUGAACCUGUUCCUGUCGCACUCGGGCGCGCGGCCGCUGGCCUGCGCCGCGGUGCCCAAUUCCACGGACACGCUGCUGGUGUUCAGUUCGCUGGCGCUCUACGUGGACCGGAACGGGCACCGCGCCAGGGACACCGAGCUCAUGUACACGGCACCGCCGCUCAGACAUGCUAUAAACGAAACGCAUCUGCUGAUAUACACGGCAACACAUAUCGAUAUCUAUGAUAUCGAGAGCGGCGAGUGGGUGCAGACCAUCAAUAUUCCGAACGCGCGGCCCUUGGACGAGAGCGGGUGGAUCUGCUAUGUGUGUGGCACCAACAACGGGUUCCCCUUCUCCAGUGACGCUUCACCCUUCCUCGUCUACCUGCGGCCGCUUCUCACGCAGGGCCCAUUGAGCAUGGACCACGCGUCGCUAUGGGGUACGGGCAAACGAAGAUUCUCUAUUAGAGAACAGAGCCAUCAGGCGCAAGAAGCACACAACAGAUUAUCGGAGAGGCGCUCGCGGUUGAUUUCAGCUCCAACGAACUUUGCGCACCUGUCGCACAUGGGGCCAGGUGACGGCAUCCGCUCGCAGCGACUGCUGGACCUGCCCACUACGGUUGAGACUGCCGAUGAUCAACCACAGCAAUUGUACAGCAGUAGAGAAAGCAGUAAGCGAACGUCACCCCUUACAAUAUCGCAUGGCACCGGCUCGUAUAACGGUUCGUGGCGUAGCGUGUCUCGUCCUCGCGAGGGCCCUCCUGCAGCCCCGUUGGACGCACCGCCCUCGCCGCCAUUACCGCACCACAGACCCAUGGAGAGAUCAAUCGGCGGUGGGUCUCAAGGCAGUGGGUCGUUGUUAUUAGAGCGGUCGAUUACGCCACUCAGCCUUGGCAGCAUGAGCUCGCUGCACGAUGUACUUAAAGUCGGCACCGAGCCUGGCGAAGGCUUGCAUUCAGAAGACUCCAGCUGCGGUGCUUCGCCGCCUCAUCCGCUGGAUCCCUGAUGAAUCGAAACGAAUUCAUGGACUCUAUCCAUGUCUCCUUUCUACGCUUGUUUCUGUUGAGACUCGAGGCUACACACACCGUAUGCUAUGUAUAUUAAAAUUAUAUCACUGUUUAUAUGGAAUAUCGCGAUCAUACUGAAUGGGAGACAACUGAAAUGGCUCCAUUUGAAAUAUUCCGUAAUCAGACGGUCACACGUUCGAGCGAUCUCGAGGUUACUCCCUAUUUACUGAAUCUCGUAUAUACUAACGGCGUUAAAUCUUGUAACCGCCAAGGGCGCUGCAAAAUUUGCCGUAGAUGCUAGUGUUUUAACAAUAUGUAAUCUCAUGGUAGGGAUACUGUUUAUUGAAUCCCAUACACUGACUGACGCGGACUCGCGAAACUCUUGAAUGUGUGACCGCCUUCUGUCGGUGGAAUCACGGGUUAUUUGUUUUGUAUAACUUUAUGAUUUUUUACAUUUAUUUAGCGUUUUACUUUGGCAUGAAAUUGUUAACUAUGCCCAAAAUCGACGACGAGUGUAACGCCUGCAGAGGUAAAACAAUAUUCUCGUUGUUGUUAUUUGCUAACAAGU